GAUCCAAAAAGGUGUUACCUUUCUCUUUCUCUUCCUUCUUGUGUGUGUGCUUAAGGCUCUUUUCUCUGCUUCUGUGUCGGCCAUGAUUCUUGAUUUGAUUCUUUCAAGUAGGAAAAUUACAAGGAGAUUCAUUUCAUACUCAUCUCCCCUGUUUUUGCUGUCUCUUUCUCUGCUUUCUUUUCUGGGAAAAUCUGGGAACUGGGUUAAUUGCAGAAAGUUGGGCUUAGUGAGUUUUUGUAUUUUUCUUGGUAAAGGAGGGUGGAAGCGAAGAGAGAGAUUCCUUGUUUUAUUUUUUCUGGUUCUGUGUCUUUGUGGAUCUCGAGUUUUUCGAAGCAAAAGUGAGGAGGCUGACUGGAGACAUGGUGAAUUAAGACUGUUUUUUUCUCUGGAAAAUCUUGUAAUCGUUCUAUGAUUCUAAGAGAAAACAGAGGAGAGCAGGUUUUUGGUAAAAUUUUGAAGCCGUUUUGAUGCUGAAGCUGUGAGACAGAAACGGCAUAGCUGUUUAAGGCUUUGUGAUUUAUCAAAAUUAGGGUUCUUCGAGAUUUCUUGAUAGUGGGUGAGGAAGGUGAAGCUUUGAAUUGGGUGGAAUGAAGCUUUUCCGAAUCUAAAUUUCGUUUUUUUUCAGUUUGUCAGCAAUGUUGAGAAUCCCUGGAAUUACAGGUUUCGUUUCUGGAUUCUCUUUCAUUGGCUUCUUCUUUGAUCUUCACUGAAUUUUCAGUAGAAUUGGGUGCGGAGAUUGUUAUUUUUCCUGUGUUUCUUUGAUCAUUGAUGCCUUUUAAGCAUUUAGUGUUGGAAUCAUUGUUUUGGUUGAGAUGAUUACGUUUAUGGAUUCAAAGGAAAACCUGAAGGAGGUGGAGAAGUGCUUGGAUUCUCAGCUGUGGCAUGCCUGUGCCGGAGGAAUGGUUCAGAUGCCUAAGGUAAACGCCAAAGUCUUUUACUUCCCGCAGGGCCAUGCCGAGCACGCCUGUGGCCCUGUGGACUUCAGGAACUGCCCCAGAAUACCCCCUCAUGUGCUUUGCAGAGUCACUGCUAUCAGAUUCAUGGCCGAUCCUGAGACAGAUGAGGUUUUUGCAAAAAGUAGUCUGGUCCCUUUGGGUACUAAUGAGCUUGAUUUUGAGGAGGAUGGAAUUGGAGGCGUUCGUGGGAAUGAUACGCAGGAAAAGCCUGCUUCUUUUGCAAAGACUUUGACUCAAUCUGAUGCCAACAAUGGUGGGGGUUUCUCUGUUCCACGGUACUGUGCGGAGACGAUAUUCCCAAGAUUGGAUUACUCUGCUGAUCCCCCUGUCCAGACGAUCCUUGCAAAGGAUGUUCAUGGUGAGACUUGGAAGUUUAGGCAUAUUUAUAGGGGGACGCCGAGGAGGCAUCUUUUGACUACUGGAUGGAGCACUUUUGUGAAUCAUAAGAAGCUUGUAGCUGGGGAUUCAAUUGUGUUCUUGAGGGCAGAGAAUGGAGAUCUUUGCGUUGGGAUUAGACGGGCGAAGAGGGGAAUUGGAGGUGGGCCUGAGUCAUCAUCCGGGUGGAAUCCAGCUGGUGGGAAUUCUGUGGUGCCAUAUGGAGGGUUUUCAACAUUUUUGAGGGAAGACGAGAACAAGCUAAUGAGAAAUGGAAAUGGGCCAAUUUCUAAUAGUAAUUUGAUGGGGAAGGGAAAAGUGAGGCCAGAAUCAGUUGUUGAAGCUGCAACACUUGCAGCCAGUGGACAGCCCUUUGAAGUUGUAUAUUACCCCCGGGCAAGCACCCCAGAGUUCUGUGUGAAGGCCUCAUUAGUGAAGGCAGCAUUACAGAUCCGGUGGUGUUCUGGUAUGAGAUUCAAAAUGGCCUUCGAAACAGAGGACUCUUCCCGUAUUAGCUGGUUUAUGGGCACUAUAGCUUCUGUUCACGUUGCUGAUCCACUCCUCUGGCCUGAGUCACCUUGGAGGCUUCUUCAGGUUACAUGGGAUGAGCCAGAUUUGCUUCAAAAUGUGAAAAGAGUCAGCCCAUGGUUGGUCGAGUUGGUAUCAAACAUGCCUGCCAUUCAUCUAUCUCCAUUUUCACCUCCAAGGAAGAAGCCGAGGCUUCCACAUCACCCUGAUUUCCCACUUGAUGGUCAAUUUCCAGUGCCUGCAUUUUCAGGCAACCUCCUUGGGCCCAACGGUCCCUUUGGAUGUCUACCAGACAACACUCCUGCUGGCAUGCAGGGAGCCAGGCAUGCUCAUUAUGGUCUAUCCUUACCGGAUCUCCACUUCAAUAAACUGCAAUCAGGUCUGUUUCCAGUUGGUUUCCCGCUGCUUGAUCACACUGCUACGCCCAAAAGGACAUCCAACGGUGCUCCAAUCAUCCAAAAGCCUACCAUGAGUCAUAACAUUUCUAGCUUUCUAACCAUGUCGCAUUCUUCUCAAAAUUCAAAGAAAGCCAAUGAUGGGAAGACACCCCAGCUUGUACUGUUUGGUCAGCCAAUUCUUACAGAGCAGCAGAUCUCUCUGAGCUGCUCUGGCGAUACUGUCUCACCAGUUACUGCAAAUAGUUCAUCUGAAGGAAAUCCAGAUAAAAUGGCAAAAUUUUCUGAUGGCUCUGGAUCUGCAAUCCAUCAUCAAGGGUUAACAAAGCACUCAUCAUGUCAAGGUUUUCCAUGGUAUAAGGACAACUGCCAAGAAGCUGAACCUAGAUUGGAAACUGGCCACUGUAAAGUUUUCAUGGAAUCGGAGGACGUGGGACGCACUCUCGAUCUUACAUUGCUUGGAUCUUAUGAUGAUUUGUACAGAAAGCUAGCGGACAUGUUUGGCAUUGAAAAUUCUGAGACGCCAAACCACGUGCUCUACCGAGAUGUUAAAGGUGCAGUCAAACACAUUGGAGAUGAACCAUUCAGUGAUUUCACAAAAACUGCAAGAAGACUAACAAUUCUAAUGGAUUCAAGCAGCGACACCAUAGGAAGGUAGAGGAAGAAAGCAAUCCAUGAUUCCAAUCUGUAUAACCGCUUGCUCAAAUCUCUCAUUCUUGUGCUGACAUUUUAGCCUUCUUGAACCCAUGUGACGACCCAUAUCAAGUUGAGUUAUAGACUGCAAACCGAAAUCUUUUUUUGUUCAUUUUUCUUAAAAAGGUAAUGUAAAUGGAUUUUGAAACUUCCUUAUAUGUCAUAGUAUUUAGUUCUUAAUUUUCCCAUAAUUUGUGUAAUACAGGUUUUUGUUUGUC